AAAGAGGAUCGGCAUUUGCCUCACUCUACUCCCUGCUUCCAUAAUGGCUGUUCGUUUUGCAUUGAGCUCUGCAGAAAGAAGGAUUGGAUUUGUUUUUCUGAGGCCCAUAACAACAACCACGGACAUCAGGAGAGGGGCAGUGGGUAAUGCUGUUGCUUCUGUCACUGUUCGGGACAGCCAUGGGAAGCUCAAGACUGUGGCUGACCUUCCAGAGAUCAACACAUUUAGGAUGUUGUACACACUGAUCUUUAAAGGGUACCUGAAUCGCGUGCAUGAGCUACAGUUUUAUAAUAAAGAGCUUUAUGGUCCCUUGUACAAAGUGAAUGUUGGAAAUCUCCAAUCCAUUUCAAUAAACAGUGUGGAUUUACUAGAGGAACUCCUUAGAAAAGAUGAGAAGUUUCCUUGCAGAGGACACAUGACUCUGUGGACAGAGUACCGUGACAUGAGAGGCAUCGGCUACGGCCCUUUCACAGAAGAAGGAGAGAAAUGGUACAAACUGCGGUCAGUGCUGAACAAACGCAUGCUGCAUCCGAAGAACUCGGCUCAGUAUGGAGAUGUGGUCAAUGCGGUGGUCAAAGACUUCAUCAAACGGAUUUACUAUCUGCGGGAAAUGAGCCCCACUGGUGAUCUUGUACCUAACUUGUCCACUGAGCUUUACCGGUUUUCCCUUGAAGGAAUCUCAUCUAUUCUGUUCGAGACGCGCAUUGGCUGCCUGGAGAAAGAGAUUCCUGCAGAGACACAGGAUUUCAUUAAUUCUAUUGCACAAAUGUUCACCUACAGCAUGCCUGUGGUGAUGCUUCCCAACUGGACUCGCAGUUACUUGCCAUUUUGGCGGUGGUACCUCAAAAGCUGGGAUGGCAUAUUCAAAUUCUCCAUAAAGAUGAUUGACAUGAAGAUGGAGGCCAUUCAGAGCCGCGUGGAUGCAAAUCAGGAGGUUGCUGGGGAGUAUCUAACCUAUUUGCUUUCCAAUGUAAAAAUGAGCAGUAAAGAUGUUUAUGGAAGCAUUUCUGAGCUUCUGUUGGCUGGAGUGGACACAACCUCCAACACCAUGUUGUGGGCAUUGUAUCUCCUCUCAAGAGAUCCAGAAGCUCAAGAGGCUCUGUAUCAGGAUGUAACCAGAGUCUUAAAGGGCGACAGAGUCCCAACAGCACAGGAAGUGAACAACAUGCCUUACCUCAAAGCUGUCAUCAAGGAAACACUAAGGAUGUAUCCUGUGGUGCCCAUAAAUUCUCGUCUCAUUGCAGAAAAAGAUAUUGUCAUUGGCGGACACUUUUUCCCUAAAAAGACAACAUUCUCUCUGUUCCACUAUGCAAUCAGCCGUGAUGAGAAAGUCUUUCCAGAACCACGGAAGUUCAAACCUGACCGCUGGCUCCGAGAUGGCAGAACAAGACCCAACCCAUUUGGGUCAAUCCCAUUUGGCUUUGGAGUCAGAGGCUGUGUUGGCCGGCGCAUUGCUGAAUUGGAGAUGCAUCUGGCUUUGGCAAGGCUAAUCAAGUUGUUUGAAAUCAGACCGGACCCAACUGUAGGUGAGGUUCAGUCCCUCAGUCGUGGAGUGCUUGUGCCAGACAGAAAGGUUAACCUCCACUUUGUGGAGAGACCGAAGUUACAUUCUGAAAACACAGAGCAGCAUUUGAUGCGGCUGGAGGUGGUAUUGAGUCGGCUGGGACGGGAAGGUUUGAAGGCGAGAUUGGAUAAGUGUUUCUUCUUCCAUAAAGAGGUUAGGUAUCUGGGGCAUGUGAUCUCAUCAAAGGGAGUAUUGACAGACCCGAGUAAGACCGGGGUGAUGUCUCAGUGGUGUCACCCAGAAACGGCAAGUGAACUACACUAAUUUCUGGGUUUUCUGGGUUUCUUUAAGUUAAUACCGUCAGUUUGUAGAAGGUUUUACAAGACUGGAUGCGUCAUUCAUAGGUUGGUGGCAGAGUUUGCGGAUUCAAAAUCCAGAAAGCGAGUGUCUCAGAGUUUUGCGGCUGCAUGGACUGAACAAUGCCAAAAGAGUUUCGAAGGAUUAAAAGGUAAGCUUACGUCAUCACCAGUCCUUGCAUAUGCAGACUUCUCUCUGCCUUUCAUCCUGGAAGUGGACACCAGUCAUGCUGGACUGGGAGCAGUCCUUUCCCAGGAGCAGGAGGGUAGGGUGUGGCCUAUCGCAUACGCUCGCCCCAGUCUUCGGCCCACUGAGAGGAACACGUCUAAUUACAGGUCCUUGAAAUUGGAGUUCCUGGCGCUCAAUUGGGCCAUGACUGACAAGUUCAGGGAGUACCUGAUAGGGCAGAAGUGUGUUGUCUUUACAGACAACAAACCCCUUAGCCAUCUGGCUUCAGCCAAAUUGGGUGCAUCUGAGCAGUGCUGGGGUGCAUAACUGGCCUCUUUUGAUUUCAAACUUCAAUAUAGGUGAUGGAGAUGUAAUCGCAAUGCGGAUGCUCUUUCGAGACUCGAUCCAGCAAGGCAUUACGAGUUUAGCCGCCAGAGUUUUGGUAGCAAUGUACCACUGGAGAUACAACAGGUUAUGGAUGAUGAACGAGUGAGUUCUCUGGGCACCCAAGUAGUCACCCAGGCAACUGUUGUGUCUUUUCCAAGUUGUUCAGCUGAUGACAUAAGGUCAUUACAAAGAGCAGACACGGUUCUGGGGGAGGUCUUGGGACUUUAGGAGAGGAGGAUGUUUCCCAGUCAUGAAGAGCAUUGUUUACUCUCUAAAGCCGCCUUUCCACUGCACACGACAUUCGCAUACGAUUGUCGCAUUUCGCCCCCUAGUAUCAGUCGCACGGAACUUUGAAAUUGGUCGUGAAGCAACCGUUACCCUAGGAUAUUCACAAUGGUAAAAUUAAUGAUUUUAAUAAAUGUAAUGCAUGCAUGAAUAUAUCUACACAAAACAAUGACCCUCAAUU